AUGAACGAGGUAGACACGUCCUGCCUGUUCAACGAAGCACAACAGGCGCUUAACUGGUACCGGGAUGAGCUAAACCAGCUCGAAGCCGAAGUCAGAGAGCUUAUUGAGAAGAGAGACACGUACAAACUUCUUAGUGAGUCGCAUGAAGGAGAAGAUAAGAACCUUCGAGCUGAGUUGGAAGCUGCUCGGAAAGAACAUGCCGACCUGGUUGAACAGAUCGACCAACUCCGAGCUGAUAUGGAUGCAGUCGAGGCCGAAGAGUGGAGAGGCAGGACGGACUGCCUGGCCUUGGAAAAACAAACUGCCCGGGCGUUGUCGACCUCGGCAGAGGUCCAGCUUCGAGCGACAAGGGAGAAGGCUGAGGCACGAUCCCAAAAGAUCGAGGAGCUCCAGUCUCAGCUAAGCUCGAUUGUUUCUGAUCGAGACACCCUUGCCAAGGAGCUUAUGGCAGCUAAGUCGGUGGUUGAAGUAACCAAAGCUGAUGCCGACGAGAUGGUGGCCCAGUAUAAGGCCGAUGCCGAGGAAACCCAGGACCAACUGAAAGAUAUCACUGAAUACGUGAGAUGGCAAUCCCAAAGGGAGGCCCUCGAAGAAAUUCAUGCUCGGGGUUUUGAUUUAUCGUCCGAGUUCAAAAGUGCUAUGGGGUUCGAAGCCAAGACCAAGAAACUGGCGUAUCCCGAGGAUAAAGAAGACUCCUAA